GAGCGCUUGAUUGUUUGACCAGCUUGCUCUCGCCCACGUUGAUGGCGAGCAAAGACAGCAUGCUUCCCCUCCCCGUCUCAUUUCGUUCUCGACCAUACCGUAUUCGCAGUGACUCUCGUUCACGACACCACAACAAAUUUGAACUUCUCCUGACCCGUGCCCGGGUGACCAAUUUGGGCCUACUCCUCCUCGCAAGCUUCGCAACACUGUCAUUUCUCUUUAACCUCAGAUUUAUACUCUCUUCUCCUUCGAAUGGGCGGCCACACAUGUACUAUCAUGCCCAUCCGCCAUAUAGUAUACUUGAAUCCUUGAACCGUGAUAAAUCGAUUCUGGGCUUGAACCAUCUUGUUGUCGUACCUGGCCAUGGGAUUUGGAAAGGCUCGGGACCGGAGGACAUAUUGGAUGAAGAUAAGUGGAUAUUGGAGUCGCAUCAGAGAGGUGGCGGACGUAUACCUGCAUUUGUAAAACACGUUGAGACCGGUGUCAAGACUACUCUCGCAGAUGAGCAUGCAUUGCUUGUAUUUAGCGGUGGGCAAACUCGUCCAUCUUCUACGACCACCGAAGCAGAGUCUUACCUCCGGGUUGCUCGCAUUUCUGGUCUCCUUCCCAAUGACACACUUCCGUUCUUGCGGGCAACAACAGAAGAUCACGCAUUAGACUCAUUUCAGAACCUCCUUUUCUCUAUUGCCCGGUUUCAUGAAUAUACCGGUCACUAUCCUACAAAAAUCACCGUAGUCGGGUACGAAAUGAAGAGACGAAGGUUUACCGAGCUGCAUCGUGCUGCACUCCGGUGGCCUCAGUCAAGAUUCUACUAUAUUGGUGUCGAUGCCGAAGCUGAUCAUCGAGAUGGCGAGCGACAAAAUGGCUACCUUCCGUACACGCGUGACGUAUACGGAUGCCACGACUUGCUUCAAUCUAAACGAAAGUCAAGAAACCCAUUCAUACGCUAUCACUCAUAUUACACGUCAUCUCCCGAGCUGGGUCCACUCUUCAAUUGGUGUCCCGGUCCCGAGGAUGGCGGUCAGACAGCUUUGUUCGAUGGUCCACUUCCAUGGGAUGCGUUCAAGUGAUCGAUCACCUACGCUGUAAUGCUACUAGACCGAGAAGACGGACUUGGUUUGCGCAUGGGUUUCCCGUUGACAUAGAUGUAAAGCGUAAGCAAGAACACGAUCGGGACAUAGCAAGGACAAUCGUCGGACUCUCCGGUAUUGCUCUGCAAUGUAAUUAUGAUAUCCUGAUAUCCUGUCCAUGUGCGUACAUUCUAUUGCAUGUGAAGUAGAAAGAAAAAGUAGCUGACUCAUGUGAAUUGUUGUAAUAGAGACUUAAUGUAAUUCACUCAACGUACCGUAAAAUACAUAUCUCGUCACCUGGAAUCCAUAUGUGCCGAUAUGAAGAGACAAGAAGGGUCCGAUCCCGGGAUUAUACAUCGUUAUUUCUGCGGAUGAACGCCGAAUCAGUGUAUCAGACGCGAUACGGAGUGGGUCAUGGCUGUACUCACGAUUUGUGAUAGACUCUUGCCCACUUCCGCUGCGAAGUUCGAGGUAUAGAGACUAUCCAUAAACUCCUUCAUUUCCGAGAUUUUGGAUUCGCCAUCUGUCUCCUUCCCGUCUGUCAAUCGGAACAUGAUCAUGUACUCGUUCUCGUACGCCUUUCCCAUCUUGGCGCGUGCUGUAGCAAUGCCCUGGGGGAUAUUGGGGUUUGCAGAUGAGUAGAGGAUAUAAUUAUUUUGCAACGCACAUGUAGCCAAAGCUUGCCCGGAGACUCAUUUAUAUCCAAGAUGUCUAGCUUAGCCACAUUGUAUUCAGGGUCUGUCCAUGUGUUAGUUGAGCUAUAUGGCUCACCCGAAACGACUUGGGCCAUAGUAGCGAUGC